AUGUCAUCUUUCAAAGUUAUCAUCGUUGGUGGGGGCUUGGGUGGUUCGCUACUUGCCAAUGGCCUUCUGAACAACGACGUCGACUUCACUCUGUAUGAGAGAGAUUCGGCUGACUCGAAGCGUGAGGGCUACCAGAUUCGCAUGGGCGAUGCGGCCUUGGAAGGCUUUGAGGCUUGCUUGACAUCAGAUCAUGCAGCCGCUAUCACGAGCAAACUCGGAAUGUCCUCAAAUCUCUCAUCCACUGCGCCGAUUCUCUGCACAUCCCAAUUUAAGGUCGUCCUAGAUCUUUCACAGUUGCCAUCCUAUUCAAGAUCAGCUGCCAUCAACCGCGUCGUUCUUCGAAAUCUCCUUCUGGCCCCAGUGCAGAAGGCCAACUAUGUCGAAUUCGAGAAAGCCUUCUCUCGAUUUGAGAUCAUCCGUCAAGAUGAUGGUCAGGAACGUGUCAAAGUUCACUUCGCAGACGGGUCCUUCGACUUGUGCGACGUUCUGGUGGGUGCUGAUGGCAGUGGCUCAAAGAUUAACAAACAAAUUGGGGCAAGAAACAUUGUAGACAUUGACAGCCACUGGUGCUUUGUUCAGAAGGGCAGCCUACCACCCAGUCGUGUAAAAAUGCUUCCUCCGCGAUUGCUCCAGGGACCGAUAAUUGUUUUCUCUGAAGGGUACAGUUUUUUCUUUGCGCUAUAUCUCCCGCCUUCCACCAACGGCGUAUCCAAGGAUGCCAAGCAGCUCGAAUACAACAUCGAUGAAGCGUCGUUCUAUUGGGGUCUGAAUGUGCCCAAGGCAAAGUUCCCGGGACUUGACAUUUCAGAGUCGGGAAACCACUUGAGGGUUGUUCUCGAGGCCAUCAAACACUGGGCCCCGGUGUACCACACGAUGGUCUCGAUUGGCGAGCAUGACGGCGCCACCCCCAUCAUAUCACUCAACCUCCGAGCAAGCAAAACGCUGUCUAAGACGUGGCGCCGUGACCUGCAACCUCAAAGCCCCGAAGAAGGACACCCCCGCGUAUGGCUCAUGGGCGACGCGAUCCACGCGAUGCAGCCAAACAGGCAAGUGCAACUUCGCGAGCUGUCGUUACAAGGAAUGGGAGGAAACCAAGCCUUGAGAGACUGCGUCGACCUUCUGCCACCACUGUUGCAGCUCAAUGAAGCUGCCAAAUCAGGAACCUCGCCGUCAACUGUGGAAGUGAAGAAGGCCUUGGCUGUUUAUGAGUCAAAGAUGAUUGAUCGCGCGUUUGCUUGGGUGCAAAAGAGCGGCGGCGCUUCCGUUCCAGAUCUCAUUAAAGAUAGCUUUGACUCCCGAGAUGAUAGAUCUCUUGCGAUGGCGGCGCUUCUGACACAAAGAGAUGAGAACCCAGAUUUUGACGGCGCCACCAUCGAGGCACCAACCUCAGACACACAGGACGAAACGCUUGAGACCCCAGCCGACUCGGCGAGUGGCAAGAGGAGUAGCCACGAUCACAAGGCGCCGGAUUUACACGACAAUACAACAAUCGCUCAUGCAAGCCUUUGGAGCAGACUCUUCAAGAGGUACGACUGUAACCUGUGUACGGACAUUAUCAAAACUUGA